AUGGUGCCAUCUACAUCACAACCCGCUGCACCACCGCACUCAUCCGCUAUGCCAUCCACGCCGACGCCGCCGUAUUCAGUGCCGUCUAUGAACGAAAUAGCCUUCUCGCGUGAGAAGAAAGUUUCCCCAAUCGUCUCUGCCGUCUACAGCACCAUCUCCCCAAUCGCACAACAAUUUUCCCUCCCUUGCGCCAUCUCCGCCGGCGUCGGCGCCGCCACAUCCAUCUCUAGUGACGUUGACGUUGAUAGAGCACACCGUCACUUGGGCACCAUUGCCAGCAGAAAUCGGGAAUUUCACGGCGAGGCAAAAUACAAUCCGAUCAGCAGCGGACCAGAUCCCACUUGGUAUCACCGCCUCGUUCGUGGUCCCCACGGCCACAUACCUCCCACGAAGCCAGCGUCCUCGACCACAUACCAUGUCAUCCACUGUCGCCCCCGCCUCCUCACCUGCAGCAUCGACCGCAGGCUCAACGUCGGGUAUGAAGCAGACGACAACGCCUGCAAUAAUCGAUUGAUGUUUUUUGAAUCAACGGAUGGAAUUGAUUUAGAAGUCCGCAGUGAGCCUAGCGCGUGGCAUUUCAUCGUCGUAGUCUACUUCUCCUUGGGGUUCAUGGCUGGGAGGUUUAUCCUGGAUAGAUGCGUCUUCCAUUCCCUCAAAAUUUCCGGUUGCUGGAGAAACUCGAAAGAGGAGAGAAGUGAAUUGGGGCUGGAACCAACAAUCAUAGGCCAACACAAUGUGAAUCACUUGGAUGUUGUCCAUGAGUUGAUCAACACGGUGUUUUCAACAGCCCUGAAGGAAAGCAAGCCGAUUUACAUAAGCAUUACCAGUGAUCCAUCACCCAACUUUCUCCAGGGCACCGUUGGCAUCAAGCGCGUUACCAAGCAGGCCCCACUGUGUUGUCUGGUCGAUCGAGGACAC